CCAAAUUCUGAAAAUAAAUAAAUAAGUUGGAUAAAGGAUGUAGUGUCCCAUUUCCAUCGUAGGAGCCACUACCCAUUGCCGAACCAACUCUCUUUCUCUCCAUUUAAAUUCAUUCAUAUUCUUCAUCCCAUCCAUACACAAAACAGAACAAACAUGGAAACCAUACAGCACAGAACGGUGCCAGUGAAUGGCAUCAACAUGCACGUUGCUGAGAAAGGAGAAGGCCCAGUGCUGCUCUUCCUCCACGGCUUCCCCGAGCUAUGGUACACCUGGCGCCACCAGAUUCUGGCUCUCUCCUCCAAGGGAUACCGCUGCGUGGCGCCAGAUCUCCGUGGCUACGGGGACACCGAUGUUCCAGAGUCGGUGAGCAGCUACACUUGCUUCCACAUGGUGGGAGACAUUGUUGCGCUCAUCGACUCACUUGGAGUGGAUCAAGUGUUCCUGGUGGCUCAUGACUGGGGCGCCAUGAUUGGUUGGUACCUCUGCAUGUUCCGCCCGGAGAGAAUCAAAGCAUAUGUAUGCCUCAGCGUGCCUCUCCUGCGAAGACACCCUACCAUAAAAACCGUUGAUGGGAUGCGUUUCUUGUAUGGUGAUGACUACUACAUUUGCAGGUUUCAGGAAGUGGGAGAAAUGGAAGGUCAGAUAGCUCAAGUUGGAACACUCAAUGCCAUGAAGAAUAUCCUCACAACCCGCAAGACUGGCCCUCCCAUCCUUCCCAAGGGACAGUUUGGAAAUGGAGUCAAUGAAUCUACCCCUGAGACCUUGCCUUCUUGGCUCACUCAGGACGAUCUCGAUUAUUUUGUCUCCAAAUUCGACAAAACUGGCUUCACCGGUGGCUUGAACUACUACAGAAAUUUGAACUUGAACUGGGAGUUGACGGCACCAUGGAGUGGAACGAAGAUAAAGGUGCCGGUGAAAUUCAUAACAGGUGAUAUGGACAUGGUGUACACGUCGCUAGGGAUGAAAGAUUAUAUCGAGAGUGGGCUUUUCAAGGAAGAGGUGCCGAAUUUGGAGGAAGUCAUUGUUCAAGAAGGUGUAGCUCACUUCAACAAUCAAGAGGCAGCAGAGGAUGUCACUAAUCACAUUUACACCUUCAUUACUAAGAGGAGUGGAAAUGUGUGCGAAACAGGUGUAUGCCUUUCCCAUUUCUAUCCCUACUUCAAAUUCAUUUCAUUCAUUCAUAGUUUCAUACACACAGCACCCAACCCUUCUUCUCACAUCACAAACAUGGAAACCAUAGAGCACAAAACACUGGAAGUAAACGGCAUCAAGAUGCAUGUUGCAGAGAAAGGAGAAGGCCCCGUGGUGCUCUUCCUCCACGGCUUCCCGGAGCUCUGGUACACGUGGCGCCACCAGAUUCUGUCUCUAUCCUCCAAGGGUUACCGCUGCGUGGCCCCGGAUCUCCGCGGCUACGGAGACACCGAUGCUCCUUCUUCAGUGAGCAGCUACACUUGCUUCCACAUAGUGGGAGACAUUGUUGCACUCAUUGACUCGUUGGGCGUGGAUCAAGUGUUCCUGGUGGCUCAUGACUGGGGUGCCAUAAUCGGCUGGUACCUCUGCAUGUUCCGCCCUGACAGAGUGAAAGCAUACGUUUGUCUCAGUGUUCCUUUCUUGCCCAGAAACCCAAACGUGAAGCCCGUAGACGCCAUGCGUGCCUUGUAUGGAGAUGACUACUACAUCUGCAGAUUCCAGGAGCCUGGGAAGGCCGAAGCGGAGUUUGGAAAAGCUAAGCCAGAACAUGUGAUCAAGAAGAUGUUUUGCAAUCGUGCCACUGGGCCACCAAUUCUGCCAAAACAAGGGAUGCCUUCAAAUCCCCCCAGUACUACUGAAAUUCCUUUACCUAAUUGGUUAACUCAAGAAGAUGUGGCUUAUUUUGCUUCUAAGUUUGAGAAAACUGGCUUCACUGGACCUCUUAACUACUAUAGAAACAUGAACUUGAAUUGGGAGCUGACAGCGGCAUGGACUGGGGUCCAAAUAAAAGUGCCGGUGAAGUUCAUCACAGGUGAAUUGGAUAUGGUAUACACUUCCCCUUCGAUUAAACAGUACAUAGAGAGCGGUGCUUUCAAGAGAGAUGUGCCAAAUUUACAAGAUGUGGUUGUGCAACAAGGGGUGGCUCACUUCAACAACCAAGAAGCUGCUGUGGACGUAACCAAUCACAUUUAUGACUUCAUUAACAACUUCUGAUAUUAAUUAUGUUAUCAUCACAAUUAUACUUUCGUUUUUUCUUAUUUGGUCUAGUUUUCUCCUGUAAUUUAAAAUAUUGAAACCGUGAUGUUAUGUCAUUUUCUUUUAAUUGCAAGAUCAAAUCAGUGCUACUUCGAUACC